UGACAAUCAUUUUUAAUCUUGUUUUUUUUUUGUUGUUGUUGUUUUUUUUAUUUGUGUUUGUGAUUUUGGUAUUUUGCACACCAAUCAGAUAAAGACAGCAGAGAACCUCUUGCAUUGCACUUGCGUCUCUGACUCUCUGCCAGCUGCCACUAGGGGGCGACAGAAACGCAACAACAACAACCACCUCAGGAGCGCCUCACGCACUCAUGUUUAUGAUUUUUUUUUUUCCUCUGUUUCCAGCUGUGUCAUAAGUGAAUCCAUAGAGUCAACAGCAGAUCACCUUGAUGCAUUUCACUCUCGAUUUUUUUUUUUUUUUUUUUUUUUUGCUGACCUCUUGCUGAUACUUUGAACAGGAUUAGUAGAGAGUGUGUGUGUGUGUGUUUCGUGUGUGUGUGUGAGCACGUUGCAUGCCAAGUGAGAAAGUCACUCACAAAGAAAAGCAUUGAUAAAGUGACUGCGGCUCUACAUGUGGCCGGUCACCUCCAUAUUUUUUCCAGCCUGCUGCAAGUCUGCCGAGCUGAUCUUUGAACCGGCGAGUCGCAGCCUAAUCUACCUCAGAUAGUCCAGCCAGAUUAUUGGAGCACAGCAGGAAGGACACAAGCCAAAAGUUAAGUCAGGUAGGAAAUCUGCAAAUGCAAGAGGACGGGACGCCGAUUAAAUGAGCCUGCCAUGGACGCGGACUGCUUAGAAACUCCCAGGACAUCGUCAUUUCACAGAUAGUAAACUGUAUUUUUUAUCGUCUAAAAAAAAAAAAAAAAUCCUUGAUUUUGGCAACGAUGCCUCAUUUCAAAUGCUUCUUGGCGUGCGCCUUAGUUUUGAUCUCCAAAUGCCAAAGUAUUCACGUGGAGGAGCGGGAUGGGCAAGGCUUUCUGGACAAUGUGUUGCGCUAUUAUGGUGAAAAUAAAUCCAUAUCCACGUCAAACCUGCACAGUUUAGUGCUGCUAAUCUCCGCCAGAAGACCUGAGUUAAUAGCUGAGAAAAAUCCGCUGGCAAACCUAGAGUGUCCCUCAGUGGAGCAGAUCCUGUCCCACUAUGGGUUCAGCAAUGUCAGUCAGCUGACUGUGGGACAUCUGGAGAGGAUCUGCCCCGCUGUGUUGACUCAGGUGCUGCUGCCCUCUUGCCCCUACACCGCCCCCACCUCCCUGCAGCAAAUUGAUUACACUGUGUGGGGUUAUGGGUUCCUGGCCGUCACUGUGAUAAACCUGGCAUCUCUGCUGGGUCUGCUGCUGAUCCCUCUCACCAAGAAACCUUAUUUCCCCAAAGUGCUCACCUACUUCAUUGGCCUGGCCAUCGGGACACUCUUCUCCAAUGCUGUACUGCAGCUCAUCCCAGAGGCCCUGGGCUUCGAUCCCAAAACUGAUAACUACGUGACGAAUGCAGUUGGAAUAUUUGGCGGGUUUUACCUCCUGUUCUUCAUGGAGAAGCUACUGAAAAUGGCUCUGGGGGUGGAGCAUGAGCACGAACACAGCCACUUGGCUCCUGCAGAUCAGCCUCCAGAAAACUCCCUGCAGAACGGGGAUGCCUUGGAAAAAAAGGAGCACAUCAUUUUGACCAGCAUCAACACCAUCAGCACAGACAAGAGCAGCCCCAAUCCAAACCCUCCACAUGUAGAAGUGACACCUUCUCAGGAGGUUCAUGUGUCUGGCGUGAUGUGCCACUGGCUGCGUGGGCAGCGCAUUUCCAGCAUCAAGACCGUGGCGUGGAUGAUCACCCUGAGUGACGCGCUGCACAACUUCAUCGACGGCCUGGCCAUCGGCGCCUCGUUCACGGUGUCAGUGCUGACGGGGUUCAGCACGUCCAUCGCCAUCGUGUGUGAGGAGUUUCCCCAUGAGCUAGGCGACUUUGUGAUCCUGCUGAACGCCGGGAUGAGCAUACCGCAGGCCAUCUUCUUCAACCUGCUGUCCGCCAUGUCGUGUUACGUCGGCCUCGCGCUCGGCAUCCUGGUGGGCAGCGCCUUCGCUCCCAAUGCCAUCUUUGCCAUUGCUGGAGGCAUGUUCCUGUAUAUUGCACUUGCAGAUAUGUUUCCAGAGAUGAACAGCAUCAUGAGGGAACAGGAGGGAACGUUAACGAAGAUCGUCUUCUUCCUGAUCCAGAACGCAGGGCUGCUCACGGGCUUCGCUGUCAUACUACUGAUCACGUUGUUCGCCGGGGAGAUCAACCUGGGCUAGCCACGAGGAGACGCACGAACACAAACCGGGAAGAAAGCACGUUCAAACACAACGACAGGCAUGAGUAGGGCUGGGCGAUAUGCACAAAAUUAAAUAUCACAAUGUUUUUGACCAAAUACCUCCAUGUCGAUAUUAUGACGAUAUUGUAGGGAUGACUGUUGGUGCUUUCAUUAAAUAUUGCUCACAAUAAAAUUCAUGAGUAAUGUGGAUAUGAAGAGCAAACAGGUAGAGGCAAAUAAUAGGAACAGCUAGAACACUUUAAAUUCAGAAAAGUUCAUCCAUUUACUUAAAUUCAGCCUUAAGAACCAGGAAAAGGCACCAUUUAUGCCAGAUUACAUUAUCCAGAAUCCCAGAUGAUAUUUAGUCUCAUAUCAUGAUAUCGAUAUAAUUUUGAUAUAUAUAUAUAUAUUGCCCAGCCCUACUUCAUGAGCUGCUUUCAUUUCUGCCCACAUUUUGGCUGAGCAGG